AUGCUCGAACUUAUCAAGAAACGUGCCCGGAUUAGAGAUGCUCGAUAUUAUGAAAUAAAGAAGACGUUUCAGGAAAACCAGAUCCGUCAUCUUCUGGACGCUCUUUUACAGGCAAAAAUAGACGAAGAAAGAGAAGACGCUAGCACUUGUGGGGUCAUGACAGAUGAGUAUAUAAUGGCGUCCAGUGACACGCUCUUCCGAGCAGGAUCCGAAACAACAACGACAGCGCUUCAUUGGUUGGUAGCGGUAUUGUUAAACUAUCCUGAAAUUCAGGAAAAAAUCCACGCAGAACUGACUAAGCAGUUUGGAGAAGAAAUGAUUUCGUUGGAGAAGAAACGUAACUGUCAUUACCUUGAGGCCACUUUAACGGAGGUCCUUCGUUGUGUAACUGUGGCUCCCAUCUUUCCACAUAAAACGACGUGUGACACCACCCUCUCUGGGUACCACAUUCCAAAAGAUACCACUGUUCUUCUCAAUAUCUGGGCAAUCAACCACGACGAAAGGGAAUGGCAAAAUCCUGAAGAGUUCAACCCAAACAGAUUUUUGGAUUCUGAAGGUCACUUCACGGGUACAUCAAAGGUGAGUUACAUACCUUUUGGAUCUGGAAGACGCAUAUGCCCAGGCGAGUCAUUGGCAAAGACAGAACUGUUUCUUCUUUCAGCAGCAAUGCUGAAGAAAUUCAAAUUUGAAAACCCCCCGGGCUGCAGUCCACCCGAUCUCAAGGAUGGCGUGUAUGGCUUGACAUUUACCCCAAAAUUAUUCACGGUUAUUGCCAAGGAAAGAUAA